GGAGUGGUCUGUCUGGAUAGACAGGAGGUAGAGAGAGAGAGAGAGAGAGAGAGAGAGAGAGGGACAGCAAUUGAGAGAGUGUGAACAACUGAUACACGCAUACUCCAUGAACGGCUUCAACGACAGACAAGUUUAUGGGGAGUGAAAGAAUGGGAGCAGAAGUUGAAGGAAACAAGAGGGGAGCAGAAAGUUCGUGUGCAUUUUGAGCCCAUAUUUUCCUCAUCGGCAUGGCUUUAACUGUAGCCUCUGCGACAUCCUCAUUUCCAAAUUGUCUCCUCUUUUCUCCAACACAUCCAAAAUCUGCUUUCAUCUCUGCUCCUGCCCAUUUCUCACUUGCGCACUACACCAGGCUUCUUCCUUUCAAGCCAUUGGCCUCUCCUAAUGUCCUCAUUCAUUUGGGCGUCUCUCCGAAGCAAAGAAGACUUGGGAGAAGAGAAAGAAGAAUGAAUUCCAGAUACGGGACAGUUUAUGCCUCUCUCUUUGGGGUUGGAGCUCCUGAAGCAUUGGUUAUUGGAGUGGUGGCUUUGUUGGUCUUUGGUCCAAAAGGCCUUGCUGAGGUGGCACGUAAUCUAGGAAAGACUUUGCGAGCGUUUCGACCUACCAUACAAGAACUUCAGGAAGUGUCAAGGGACUUUAAGAGCACGCUUCAAAGGGAGAUUGGACUUGAUGAUGUCCCAACUCAGCAGAGUUAUAGACCCACCCCCACAUACAUGAAUGAUAAUUUGGAAGCUGUAGCAGACAAAAAUGGUCCUCCAGCUGGUGAAAAAUCUUACUCCAGCAAAGUUUAUCUGAAAGUAACUGAAGAAGAACUGAAAGCUGCUAGUGCUGAUGCUGCAAAACUAGAGAUAUCUGCUAAUGAAAAUUUGUCUGAAGUGCCAGUUGAAAUCAGCAGCCACAAGAAGAAACCUGAAGAUGAUAAAAGUGCAUAGAAAGGGAUGCUGUCAGCCUUCAAGAUCAACUGGUAGCCUUAUGGCCACGAUCGACUAGCCGGUUCCAAAUUUACCAUUUGUUGUACAUGGGGAGUCUGGUUAAGCAGAGCUGUUAGAGAAGCUAUGCAGCUGAAGCAGGCAACGACAAAAAAAAAAAAAAAAAAAAGUAGAAGUCCUAGCCAGCCAGCCUUGCGAAGAGUCUUUUGUUCAUCUCCUAUAAAGGUUGUGUAUUAUCUCUACCAAAAGUAAAAGAGCCUGCCAAAAAUCAAGCUGCGUCAUCGGUUAUAUCAGCUAAAUUUAUUAGUUGUGCAACUUUGCGUCCACAGUCGUGGCUUAGUGCAACGUAACGCUAAAGUGUUUGAACUUGUAGAGAAACUCACUCACACACUCUCUCUCUCUCUCUUUCUGUGGCGCAUGGACAAACUGCACACGCAAUACAAAUACCGUGUAGCUUCCUUUC